CUUCUUUACCCAUUCAAGCGCCACUUUUUCUUCCUUAAUACUCUCGACAGAGAGGGAUGGGAGGGGUGACGUCAUCAAUUGCGGCGAAGCUGGCUUUCUGUCCGCCGAGUCCGUCGUCUUACAGGCUCGUCUCCGACGAAGUGACGGGACUUCUUCUGAUGAACCCGUUUCCUCACCGUGAAAACGUGGAAGUCUUAAAGCUUCCGACGCGUAAAGGAACAGAGAUCGUAGCUGUGCACGUGAGACACCCGAUGGCUACCUCUACUCUGCUUUACUCACAUGGAAACGCAGCCGAUCUGGGGCAGAUGUAUGAGCUCUUCAUCGAGCUCAGCAUCCAUCUCAAGGUUAAUCUUAUGGGGUAUGAUUACUCAGGGUAUGGACAGUCUACUGGAAAGCCGAGUGAGAGCCAUACAUAUUCUGAUAUAGAAGCUGCUUAUAAAUGUCUUGAAGAGAGCUAUGGAGCAAAACAGGAAGAUGUGAUCCUUUAUGGCCAAUCUGUAGGAAGUGGACCUACAUUAGAUCUCGCUGCUCGGUUGCCUCAGUUGAGAGCUGCUGUUCUCCAUAGCCCGAUUCUUUCGGGUCUUAGAGUAAUGUAUCCGGUCAAGAAGACGUACUGGUUCGACAUCUACAAGAACAUCGACAAGAUCACACUUGUGAAUUGCCCGGUUCUUGUCAUUCACGGAACUUCAGAUGAAGUUGUUGACUGUUCCCAUGGAAAACAGCUAUGGGAACUCUCUAAAGAGAAGUAUGAACCGCUUUGGCUCGAAGGUGGUAGCCAUUGCGAUCUAGAACACUACCCUGAAUACAUCAAACACCUUAAGAAAUUCAUGACAGCCGUAGAGAGACCUCUCUCCUCGAGGGAGAGCACGUGCCAUUCAGAGAACCAGAGCAGCGAUGUGGAAAUGCCGAGGCAGAGCGUAGAUAGAAGAGAGAAGCCACCAAGGCAAAGUGUCGAUAGAAGGGAGAAAGAGAAACCGCCAAAGGGUCCUUCCAAGAAGAGUAAGCUGAGACUCACUUUCGAGCAGCAUUUAGAUCGGUCGAGGAGGAGCGUUGACCUCCACGACAAGUCAAGGAAGAGCGUUGGCCAUAAUCAUCAGACUGAGAGAGGGAGGAAGAGUGUUGAUAGAAUGGAUAGAGUACGGUCUGAAUAAAACGUACAUAUAAUUGUUACUGAACAAGAACAUUUGAUCUUGAUUGCAAUUCUAAUGCUUUUGUUUU